AUGCUCCCGUUCGAUCCCCAUUGGCCGUCUCCUGAAGAAUGCGGCUAUAGGGAGGUGUACUUGACGGCUCACGCGGCGCAAUCAGCGGCGGUCAAAUCUCGCAGUGCCUUCAACGUCCUUCUCGCCCGCUGCACCAUGGCCAUCGCACUCCACGUUUCCCCAGAGACCGAACCUCCCGACUGGGUACGUCUUCUUACAAGCCACAACGUCCCUCCCGCCUGGAUCCAACUCCUCCGCACGAGCAUCACAAGCAACUUCUCGCCCCAACUUCGAGUCGGAGCUUUUUUCGACCCGAGGAUAUCACGAUGGAUGGGUCACAUUCCCUGCAUGAUACGAGCGAACAUUCCCGUUUACAUACGAUGGAACUCCUCCCUCGUCAGCUCAGAUCUCCAGCAGUAUCCAUUCCUUUCGCCUUUUUCCCCU